AUGAAAAAGAAAACUUAUAUCCUUCAACUCCAAAUACAUCAUCUACAUUUGAAUCUCCGCACUCUGAAAUGGAUUCUCCUUUUUUCACUCUUCGCUAAAAUCAGCAAGCAAGAUUGCUUUGUAAAUCUAAAAUUUAGUUUCAAAUAUUAUUUAAGUAUUAAGACUCUUUGUUUAAGUUGAAAAAUAAUUUCAUUAAUAAUUCUUCAAAACAAUAUUCAUAAUGCAUGAAAAUUAUUUACAAGGAAAUGAAAAUAA